CAUUUGUGACAAUCUUUCGAAAUGUCGCACAGGAAAUUCAGCGCCCCUCGUCAUGGGUCCAUGGGAUUCUACCCGAAAAAGAGGUCUCAGAGGCACCGUGGUAAGGUAAAGGCUUUUCCCAAAGAUGAUCCCUCCAAGCCAGUGCACUUGACGGCCUUCGUUAGUUAUAAAGCUGGUAUGACUCACGUUGUCCGAGAGGCUGAUCGUCCAGGUUCAAAGAUCAACAAGAAGGAGAUCGUCGAAGCGGUGACGAUCCUGGAAACGCCCCCGAUGAUCGUGGUAGGCGUGGUGGGCUACAUCGAGACGCCGCACGGCCUUCGAGCUCUGGCCACCGUUUGGGCGGAACAUUUGUCCGAGGAUUGCCGCAGGCGGUUCUACAAGAACUGGUACAAGAGCAAGAAGAAGGCUUUCACCAAGGCCUCGAAGAAGUGGUCGGACGAUCUGGGCAAGAAGUCCAUCGAGAAGGACUUCAAGAAGAUCGUGAAGUACUGCAAGGUCGUUAGGGUCAUUGCCCACACGCAGAUGAAACUGUUGAAGCAACGACAGAAGAAGGCGCACAUCAUGGAGAUCCAGCUGAACGGCGGCACCGUGGCCGAUAAGGUGGCGUGGGCGCGUGCGCACUUCGAGAAGCCGGUGCCUGUGUCGGAGGUGUUCGCCCAGGACGAGGUGAUCGAUUGCAUCGGCGUCACCAAGGGACACGGUUACAAAGGCGUCACUUCUCGUUGGCACACGAAAAAGUUGCCGCGCAAGACGCACAAGGGUCUGCGCAAGGUGGCCUGCAUCGGCGCCUGGCAUCCUUCGAGGGUGUCGUUCACGGUGGCGCGCGCCGGUCAAAAGGGCUACCACCACCGUACCGAGAUGAACAAGAAGAUAUACAGGAUCGGGGCCGGGAUCCACACCAAGGACGGCAAGGUCAUCAAGAACAACGCCUCCACGGCCUACGACCUCAGCGAGAAGACCAUCACGCCCAUGGGCGGGUUCCCUCACUACGGUGAGGUCAACAACGAUUUCGUCAUGAUCAAGGGGUGCUGCGUGGGGCCCAAGAAGCGUGUCAUCACUCUCAGGAAGUCCUUGUUGGUGCACACGAAACGAGUCGCCUUGGAGAAGAUCAACCUCAAGUUCAUCGACACCUCGUCCAAGUUCGGUCACGGUCGGUUCCAGACGGCGGCUGACAAGGUGGCCUUUAUGGGCCCGCUCAAAAAGGACAGGGUGAAGGAGGAGACAGCGGCCGCUCCGGCGACGGCCGCAGCUACCACCGCGAGUUCUUGAAGUGAUAGUUAUUGUUCUUGAUGUUGGUAUUAAGAAUAAAGUACGUUGACGAU